AAAUUGGUAAAUUGGUACAUUUCGGUAAAUAGGUAAAUUUUGGUAAAUAGGUAAAUUUCAGUAAAUAGGUAAAUUUCAGUAAAUAGGUAAAUUUCGGUAAAUAGGUAAAUUGGUAAAUUUUGGUAAAUUGGUAAAUUUUGGUAAAUAGCUAAAUUUCGGUAAAUUGGUAAAUUUCGGUAAUAAUUUUGUUUUUUGUCAACAAUUUUCCUGAUAUAUUAUUCCACUUGUAAUAUGACGGUUACGUCUUCAUAAGUACGCUAAUUUUUAUUUGAAAAUCAAUUUCAUAAAAGUGUAAUAUGAUGGCUACUUAUGAUUGACUAUUUUAUUUUGUCGAUGCUUUCGACUUUUCGUAUUCAUUAAAUCGGUAAAUUUGGGUACUUCCGCGCAUUUUGAUAAAUUUGUAAAUUUUGAAGUAAUGUCUGGUAAAUUACUGAGAUAAAUGUUGGUAAAUUACUGAGGUAUAUUUAGAGCAAAGUCGGUUGAUCUUGCGAACUGCGCAAGAUGUUUUUAGAGCUUGAAUUACACAUUAUUGAGAGCUAUUUGCUCUUUUUCCACCUGAGAACUUUAUUGUUCAAAUUCAAGAAAUGUUCAACUUUGAAUCAGAAAAAUGAAUAUUUUAAAAUUUUUUUUAUGUCAUAUUUUUUUUUCUCUACCUUGUCGGGCAAUCCGACCGGACUGCUUGAUUCCUCCCUGCAUGAAGAAACUUUUUUUUCACUCGUACUUCUCAAAACAUAAAUUUUUGAAAGCUUUUUACCCCCGCUUUGCUCAGGCUCGUUUGUUUUUUUUUUUUCAAUUUUGAGUUUUUCAAAAUACCUCUCAGAGUACUGAUUUUUGAGAGCUUUUGCCCUCGCUUCAUCAGGGCCGGUUUAUAUAAACCGGCCCUGAUGAAGCUGUCUUUUUUUAUGUGUAAGUUUGAUGGACCAUUAAUGUCAUUUUUUUUUGGCGUACGCAGGUGCAGUGCAGUAAUAGUGAUGAAGAUCUGAAUAUUACCCAUGAAGACAACAAUUCCUGCUCUGUUGAUGAACACGAUGCAAAUUAUAACAGUCAAGAGAUGGAUUACGAAAACGCAGAUUUUAUCAAUUUUUGCAAUGAUAUGAUGAUAGAAGAUGAAUUGGAAAAUAACAAAAUGAAUGACAAUAUUGAUCAAAAUAUAGAAGAUGAAUUGGCGAAUGACCAGAUGGAUGACGAUAAUGAAUCAAAUAUAAUCAAAGAAAGUGUUGAUGAAGAUUUGAAUGUAUCUGAAGGUGAACUUUUAAUAAUGGCGUUCGCAUUAAGGCAUCAACUGUCAGAUUGUGCCAUUGAAGAUCUUCUUCGUCUGAUUGAUAUUUUUUCACCAAAACGAGUAAUUCCAAUUUCAUCUUACCUUUUUCUCAAAAAAUUUAAAUUUAAAUCCAUGGAGAUUCAACGAACAUUUUUCUGCCGAGAUUGUGAAGUACCUUUGACGCCAACUGAUUUGAAACAGAAAAAAAUUAUAUGUAACGACUGCGGAACAGAAUAUGAUAAAACCAAUCUCCUAUCAAAAAAUCUCUUCUUUUACUACAUUCCAGUUAGCAGUGCAUUGGAAAGGUUCAUUAAUAGCGACGACUAUCUCACUAUGGUGAACAGAGAAGGAUUCAAUGACGUUAACAAUGGCUCAUAUUACAGAAAUCUGACUGCGGAACCACCUGUUAGAACAGAUGUUACUCUUCAAUUCAGUACAGAUGGAGUUUCUACCUUCCGAUCAUCUAAUUACUCAUUAUGGCCAAUACAGUUGUUGAUAAACAAUUUACCGCAAAAACUGAAACGUAAAUACCAAUUGCUGUGUGGCUUAUGGUUUGGCCAAAGUAAACCCAUCAUGGAUAUGUACUUCAGAAAUUUUGUUGACGAAAUGAACACUUUGAACCAAAAAGGAUUAUUACGAAGAUCAGGCUUAUGCCAAAAUGAUACCAAUCCAAUCGUUGUGAAAUUUCAUGUACUGGUGGGUGUAGCUGAUUCAGUUGCGCGCCCUUUGUUACAAAACAUCUCGCAAUUUAAUGGCUUAUAUGGAUGCACUUAUUGCUUGAAGAAUAGUGUUCAUGUAGAAAAUGAAAGCGGCGGCGGAGGAAGUAGAGUUUAUGUUGGUACAGACAUUCCCGCUCUACGAAGUAUCCAGCAGCAUUUACAAGAUGCAAGUACGGUUCUCAAUCAGAUGCUCAAUUCAAACUCAAAAAAAAACAUUGUUAUCCGGGGAGUAAAAGGACCUUCCGUGAUUGGUUCCUUAAUCAAUUUCGACAUCACACGUUGCUUCUCUCCCGAUUAUAUGCAUAGCGUUCUGCUAGGUAAUGUAAAAACCUUUGCUGAGGCUUGGUUCGAUUCCAGUAACCACGAAAAAAUUUGGUAUUUGGGCAAAAAGCUGACCUCUAUGGACAAAAAAUUUGCGAACAUUCAACCGCCAACUGAAAUAACUCGACCUCCACGUUCUUUGACUACUAUGAGUAAGUGGACAGCUUCUGAGUGGAAGAAUUUCUUACUGUAUUACAGCCACUUUUUGUUAUUGGAUGCUGAAUGGCCAACAAAUUACCUGGUUCAUUGGUGCUCAUUAAUAUAUGCUAUAUAUAUUUACUUGAAAACCAAAAUUUCUGAUCAAGAAUUGGUAGAUGCGAAACGGGCCUUGUAUUUUUUUGUAGAAAAUAUUCCUCGUUUGUACGGUGAAACAUAUUGCAAAUUUAACGUACAUUUACUACUGCAUUUUCCAGACUGGGUAACGCAGUUUGGAGGCUUGUGGGCUUCUUCAGGAUUUCCGUUUGAAGAUUUCAACGGUAUUUUGAAUACUCUUUUCUCUAAUGUUACUGGAAUUCAGCAGCAGAUUUGCAAACGGUACUUUAGAUGGAAAAAAGUUCUGGAAAAGGGACGUGUACUUUUUCCAUCCGAUGAAACAUCGUUGCACUCUCGAGAACAUGAGUUAUACAAUCAUUUAUUUAAAAACCAUUUUCGUCAAUAUUGCAAUGAAAAUGAUGAUAUGCCGAAAUUAUCACAAAAGAAAAAAAAAGUUUCAUUGUCGCUUGCAGUGAAAACGAUGGCAGAACAAACUACUGGUGCAGAAAUAGAAUUUAAUGCAGUCUGCCAUUCUUUUGGGAAAUUUAAUGGAAUGGUUUGUCAUUCAUCACAGUUUUCAGACUUGAAGAAACGAAAUAAUAGCUACGUUCGGUUGAAGGAUAGUGGCCAAUUUGUUUACAUCAAAAAUAUACUUGUAGUUCGUGAAUGUUUGGAAAAAAAAGAGAUCGUUGUGAUAGAAGCUGAAAAAAUAAACUGUAAACUUGUCAAUGAAAAAACAAUUUUCAAUAGAUAUGUAAAACCUUUGUAUCAUUUCGGUGAGCACUUGGGCUCAACAAUUGUCGUAACUCCGGAUUCUAUUCAAAAUAAAUGUAUUGGAUUAUUUAUAAAAUCGUCUGAAAGGGUUGUAAUAAUACCCCUGGUGAAUUAUUUUGAAAUCGGGUGGUGAUACGAUUCAUUUGUAGGUAUAUGCUACUAAUAUAAUUUUUUAGCUGUAAUCAAUUCAAUACUUCUACACUUCUACAAAUGUAUACCUAUAGUAUAAUAUAUCUAUUUGUAGGUCUAGCUAUAUAUACCUUAUGUAAUUUCCAAAGUUUGGUUAGAAAUGAAUAAAUUUUAUACGUGUAUUAAAAGGAAUACCUAUGGAGUUGUCAAAAAAAUGAACGCAAAUCAUAAAAAACCUUGUUUUUUAUUUCUAAAAAUAUAUGU